AUGUUGAUCUCCCUCCUUCAUAAAUCAAAAUUCAUCUCCUUUCUGUUUUUCUUCGUUCUCAUCAAAACUCUAAAUGCACAACCAACGCAUAUCUAUAGCUACUGCUACAAAUCUGGUAAUUACACGGCAAACGGUCUUUACAGAUCCAAUCUAGAGUCUCUCAUAUAUGUUCUCCGUUCUCAAUCAUACACAAAAGGUUUCUACAACUACGUCUCGGGUUCUUCCUCGACAGCAACCGUGUAUGGAAACUAUCUAUGUCGCGGAGACGUCUCAUCCUCAACAUGUGAAACAUGCAUUCCAAGAGCGUCGAGAAACGUUCUUAUAGCAUGUCCUGUCCAAGAAGAAGCUAUCAUAUGGUAUGAAGAGUGUUUCCUUGCAUACACCAACCGUCAGACUCUCUCCAUUUCUGAUUUUAGACCGUCCAUUAGAAAGACGGCGUAUACGUAUGCCAUGUAUCAAUCUUAUUUCACUAAUACCGUGGAAUAUCGUAUGGACCUGCUGAUACGAGAAGCCUACUCGAGCUCUUCGUAUUUCUCAGAAGAGACACAUCAAGUGAAUUAUCUUGGAGAGGUUUACGAUCUGCACGGGUUGGUGCAGUGCACACCCGAUCUAGAUCAGUACGAUUGCUAUAGAUGCUUGAAAUGGGCAUAUAAUGAGACAGAGAAGUGUUGUUAUGGAAACAGUUUUGCAUUGGCGAUUUCGAGUGCGAUAAAGUCUAGGGAUUUUCUGAUGGAUUCGGCUUCUUCGCCGGGUUUAUCUGAACCCCCGGGGAGAGAUCGGGAGAUUCGGGAGGUUUGUGAAGCCUCUAAGGUUGAGAAGGAAUCGAUGGUGAGUGAUUUUACGAAGAGAGAUCCAAGUUGGGUUUCUGUGGCCCAAGAUAAAAAGAGUCCGAAGAAGUACGAGGCUGAGGUUAAAUCGAAGGAUGGUAAGCAUAAGGUGGUGUUUCCGGAUGGGAUCUUUUCGGAUUCAACUCCUCUUUGGGGAGGAUUUUGUCGUAGGGAAAUUUCUGGAAAUUGCGCCACAUAUAGCCAUGGUUCACAUGGUGGUGAAUAA